AAGUACCGAGCUGCUCGUCGCUCUUUAAGACAACAAAAACAAGAAUUCAUCGAAAAGAAUGCGAUUUAAAAUUCGUGAUUUAUAUGUGGAACAAGUGUAAAGUUUACAGUAUUCGUUGCAUAAACUCGUCACUGUUGUUAUUAAUAAUGAUUGCUCUAUGGCAAAUAUGUUGUUCCACAGUGUCAUCGGUCUGACAGAAAAUUGUGCCAUUGCGAGUGCGUGUACGUGCAAGUGUGUGUGUAUGUGUAUGUGUGUGCGCGUUUAGUUUACGUUUUUUUUUGUUGGGCUCUAUCGGCAUCUUAAGCAAAAGCAAAAGCAAAAGUAAAAGCAAUCAAGCAAUUUAAGUUAAUUAAAAACGUUAGCUAAGUUUCGAGUGCUCGCCAACGCACUUAAAAUGAGUAAUUAUCAUCCGCACGCGUCGAUGUCCCAUCUCCAGCAAUUGCAACACCAACAACAACUUCAAAAUCAACUUCAGAAUCAUCAUCACCAUCAUCUGCCGUCGCAUUUACAGUUGACAGCAACGCCGACACCUCCCCAGCACCAGCAGCAGCAGCGUCAGAAUCAUACGCCCACUAUCACCCAAGCUCAGUUGACGUCGACGUCGACUGCGGGCGCUGCUGCUGCUGCGUCGACUGGGAAUUCGAUUUUGGUAGCGCAGCCGCCCCAGCCACUGAUAAGCAAUUCGCUGGCCAUACGCCAGGAGAUACAGCGCUUUGAAAGCGUCCAUCCAUCGAUUUAUGCUAUUUACGAUUUAAUCGAUUUGCUGCCGCUGCCGGACGCCCAGAUUGCUCAACAGAUACGCGAUCACGUCGUUUGCAUUGAAGAUUCCUUUGUGAACAGUCAGGAAUGGACAAUUUCGCGUUCGGUGCCCGAUUUGAGGCUGGGCAUCGUUGGCUCUCUGAAUUCGGGUAAAUCGGCCCUGGUGCAUCGUUAUCUCACCGGUUCCUAUAUGCAAGAGGAGUCGCCUGAGGGAGGACGCUUCAAGAAGGAGGUCUUUAUCGAUGGUCAAAGCUAUUUAUUGCUGAUACGCGACGAGGGCGGCGCUCCAGAAAUGCAGUUCGCUGGCUGGGUGGAUGCGGUAAUCUUUGUGUUCAGCCUGGAGAACGAAGGCAGCUUCAACACCGUCUACAAUUAUUAUACCAAAAUGGCGCAUUUUCGCAAUGGACAGGACAUACCCAUGAUAUUGGUGGGCACACAGGACGCCAUCAGUGAGCGCAAUCCUCGUGUUAUCGAUGACACACGUGCUCGGAAAUUGGCCAGCGAUCUGAAGCGUUGCUCCUACUACGAAACCUGCGCCACUUACGGCCUGAAUGUGGAGCGCGUCUUUCAGGAUGCUUGUCAGAAGAUACUCUCACAGCGUCUGCCGCUUCCGCCGGCUAUGCAGCCGCCGCGUCCAACGACGCCGCAAGGUUCUCGCCUGGGUCUGGCCUCGUACCAGGCGCCAACGAACGGACAGCGGGCGCAGCAGCAGUUGCCGUUGCGGAUGAGCGCAGAUUUCGCACAGGCGGAGCAGAAGCUCUGGUCACUGCAGUCGGCGUCGGCGGCGUCGUCGUCGGGCGCCUCAAUGGCCACUAAUGAGAACAACAACAUUACCAAAUACAAUCCAGCUGCUGCAGCAGCACCACAGCAGCAACAACAACAGCAACAGCAGCAGCUUCAUCAGCAGCAGCAACAACAGUUGUCGCUGCAAGGCGAUUGCUCGCAAGUGCAACUGCGCGAUCCUCGUGACUUGGCGCCGCCACCUGGCAAGGAGUUGCCGACGCCCACUUCAACGCCCACGACAAGCCGUAAGAGUCGACGGCGCUCAAAUCUCUUUAUACCCAGCUCGUCGAAGAAGAACGACAAGGAGCCGAAGAGCAGCGAACUGGGCAGUGGACGCUCCAUACCCAUCAAGCAGGGCUAUUUGUACAAGCGUUCCAGCAAGUCGCUCAACAAGGAGUGGAAGAAGAAGUAUGUGACGAUCUGCGCUGAUGGCAGACUCAGCUAUUAUCCCUCACUGCAUGACUAUAUGGACGAUGUGCACGGCAAGGAGAUACCAUUACAGUAUGUGACUGUCAAGGUGCCUGGCCAGAAGCCGCGAGGCUCCAAGUCCAUCAUCACUAACAGCGCAUUGACCAGUUCACUGUUGGCCAACGGUCAGCGGGCACAGGGCACACUCAACGAGGGAUUCGGUUGCCUCACGCUGGCCAAGGAUAAUCAGCGUAAGCUGAACGAGAAGUUGUCGCUGUUGGGCGCCGGCGCUGGCGCAGAGCCAUUGAAAUCGAAUAGCUCACAGCAGACCAGCGGUGACGAGGGCAUUGCCAUGUCCAAUUCCAAUUCACAGACGUUCAUAGCUGGUGAGGCGCCAACGGCCAACAGUAAAUUGGAAGCGCAAACUCCCAAUGUGAAGAAGCGACAUCGUCGCAUGAAGAGCAGCAGUGUCAAGGCGAACGAGGCGGAUGACAAUGAUGGCUAUGAGUUCUACAUUGUCUCGCUGGACUCGAAGCAAUGGCACUUUGAGGCCGCCAAUUCCGAGGAGCGCGAUGAGUGGGUCGCUGCCGUCGAGCAGGAGAUCUUCAAGAGUCUGCAGAGCAUCGAAAGCAGCAAGACGAAGCAGGCAACCAGCACCGAGCUGGCAGCUAUGGUGGCUAUAAGACAACGUGUACCCGGCAAUGGACACUGCGUGGACUGUGGUGCACCCAAUCCCGAAUGGGCCAGCUUGAAUCUGGGCGUGCUCAUGUGCAUUGAGUGCUCUGGCAUACAUCGCAAUCUCGGCUCGCACAUCUCCAAGGUGCGCUCUCUGGGUCUGGAUGAUUGGCCUGCGCCGCAUCUAAGCGUCAUGCUGGCGAUUGGCAAUAGUUUGGCCAACUCGGUAUGGGAAGCGAAUACGCGACAGCGCGUCAAGCCCACUGCACUGGCCAAUCACGAGGAGAAGGAGCGCUGGAUACGCAGCAAGUACGAGGCGAAGGAGUUCCUCACGCCUCUAGGCAGUGGAAAUCAUGCGAACGCAGCCUCGCCAGGACAGCAGCUCAUCGAAGCGGUGAUUCGAGCGGACAUCAAGUCGAUUGUGUCGAUAUUGGCCAACUGUCAGUCGGAGGUGACCAAUGCCAAUGUGAGCACACGGGAUGUGCGUACUCCUCUCUUGCUGGCUUGUGCCAUUGGCAAUCUGGCCAUUGCCCAGCUGCUCGUCUGGAACGGUGCAAACAUUAAGCACACCGACCAUGAGGGACGCACCUGUCUGGCAUAUGCACGGGCAGCGCAAUCGUUGGCCACGGCCAAGUCGAUGAAGGCGGCUGCUGCGCUGGCAGCUGGCACUCCGGCUCCGGCGCCGACUCCAGCGCCGUCGGCUGCGGCAAACGGUGGCAUUCCGGCUCCACAAUACAAUGUGGAGGAUACGACGGCACUGGUUGAAUUACUGGUUGGUUUGGGUUGUCCGGAAUCGGCGCCACUUACGGCCAGCGGUACGCUGCCAAGGAGACGGGAUACGCUGGGCACACCGUAUGAGAAAUCUGUAUCGGGUGUCAUCUAAGGGGAGAGAUUAGUUGAAUUUCAAAGAAAAGAGCUGUAUGAAUUUGUAUUGUGUAUUUAAUUGUACAAUUGAUUUCAAAUGUUUAAUAUGUUGUCUGUAAUUAGUUUAAAUUCGCAAUGGUAAUAUUCAUUCUGUGUAUAGAAAUGUUUAAAAAAGCAAAAAAAUAAGGAAAAAGAUGAAUAGUCGAUGUCAGUGUCGAUUAGUUAAUAGUUUUUAUUGAAAAUGUGCAAA